AUGCUUCGCCGCCCUGCCACCGUCAUUACGCUUACUGCGGAAGACAUCAUUGCGUACGAGUCAAACCGCCAGCAGCGGAAUUGGCAGCAACAGCAGCAGCAAGGCCACAACGACUCCUACAUGACCGAGCCCGUCUUCUCGCAGUCCCAAGACACGGUAGAGCAAAGUAACACUCAAGAGAGGCAGCGACCUGCGAGAACGCGUGAGGACAGGAUCCUGGUAACCCUUUUUGUUUCCAAAUCCACCGGCCAAAAGUACGCUCUUGAGGACAACUACUCGCCGGAAAACUGGUUUGACCAAUUCAACUUCUUCACGGAAGGAGACCCGACAAAUGGACACGUACAAUAUGUCAACCAAACAUGGGCGGAUCAAAACGGCCUUAUCAGCGUCAAUUCGCAAAGCCACAGUGUCUACAUGGGCGUCGACCAUACGAACACGUAUAAAGACAGCGGCAGGCCUAGUGUCCGUCUGCAAAGCAAGAAAUUGUACAACCAUGGCCUAUUCGUUCUCGAUUUGAACCACAUGCCCGUUGGCUGUGGCACAUGGCCCGCCUGGUGGACACUUGGACAAUCAGCUGAGUGGCCUGCGGGCGGAGAGAUCGACAUCAUCGAGGGAGUCAACGACAACCUGAACAACACGAACAAAAUCUAUUCGGGCACUGGCUGUUCGAUUACGGGCAAGGGUCAAACCGCAAUCGCCGAUUCGUUCGACUGUUCCCAGGGAUGCGGUUCUGCCAGCACCAGGUCGGACAGCUAUGGAGAUGGAUUCAACAAGGCAAACGGAGGUGUCUAUGCCAUGGAAUGGACUUCGCAGUGGAUCCGUGUGUGGUUUUUUCCGCGCUCCAAAGUCCCUCGCAGCCUCGGGACAGAUUCACCGGACAUCUCAGAAUUCGGAACGCCGACGGCCAACUUCCAGGGGGGCUGCGAUAUCGACCGGCAUUUCAAGGACCAUGCCAUUAUCUUCGACAUCACCUUCUGCGGCGACUGGGCUGGCCCCACGUUCGGCAGCCCUGAGAGCUUCAAGAAUGCAUACUGGGAUGUCAACUCGAUGCGCGUCUUUCAAAAAGGGAGCGGAGAGCCCCCGGCCAACAAUUCACCCCUCUCCCUCUUGGAUGCUGUCCCCCUUAGCACAAGCAUGGGUGUGCCUCUGGGCAAGAGCCACCCUGCACCCGCAUCCUCAGUGAAACCCUCUUCAGUCAAGCCUGACCUCAAUGAUGCUGGAGACGCCGACGAACAUCAGACGGCCACCAGCCCCGGUGCUUUCUUCGCCAACGACGCCGGCGUAUCCUCAGGUCACCCGCAAAGGCCUGUUCCGUUGCCGCCCUCAUCCGCCCCCUCACCAAGCAACGGCCGCAACCCUGGUCCCGCCAGCGCACCCUUCAGGACCGAGACGCCACAACCUUCCUGCACCCCCAUUUCGGGCUAUGACGGCACUGGACAGAUUGGCUACCGCCAUGGCAUCGGCUCAGUCGAAGGCGGGCUGGCCAUGUGUCGGGGCAAUUGUGCAGACUCGCACAACUGUACCGCCGUGCUGUACACACACUACAAGGGCGAUUUCGGCUCACCGCUUGGCUACUGGGACUGCUGGUGGGGAGCACUGAAAGUGGGUAGCGUGCUUUGCGGUAGCGAUGGGAAGCCACUGGGUGGUGGAGCCCCUCAGGGCGGCGGAAGUCCUCAGAGUGGAAACCCUCAGAGUAGCCCAAACCCUCAGGGUGGCGGAAACCCUCAGGGCAGUGGAAAACCUUCCGGGGGCGAAACUCAGGGCGGCGGCAAUUCAGGACGCCCCGCAUUGGUGAAAAAGCAGGAUACCGACACGCGGAGUCUUGUCUCCCGACUUGUCGUCUCCAGCAGCAGUUGGAACAUCGUCUCCUGA